AUGGUCAGAACAUAUGCCUUUAAUCCGUCAAUGCAAAGCUCCAUGGACAUUCCUGGAGGCCCAUCUGUGACUUUCAAAUCCUUCACAAUGAAGCCAAGGACGCCAAUAUCGUAUGUUUCAUACUGUAGUUUUUGUAAAUUUAGAUAUAUAGCCUAGAUUUGUAGCUAUCGAAAAAUGUAUUUUCCGCUCAUCCUUGUUUUCUAUUACCGUCAAAAUCGCAACCAAAAACACUCUUAAUUCAAAAAAUGCGAAUUUUUGGCCAAUUCAAUGUAGAAACGUCGAUAAUACCAGUAAUACGCUUACUAAAAGUCUCGUAUAUAUUAGGAAAUUGUAAUUUUUAUUUGCGCCACGUUUUUUCAAACCCAUUUUUCAAUUUCCUACCGAGAGAAACACUUGACCCAACCGUGGGUCAACUGUUUCCCUGGUGCCGCAAUUCGCACCAGACUUGAUAUUUUCAAUUCCAGCCGAGUAAACCCACUUCCCCGGCUUCUAAACCCUCCACAAAGCGCAGUUCGCUCCGUAAUCCCAGUUACAAAUCAUCAACGAAAUCCAAUCCAAGUCUCGAGGCGAUGCCCACUCGAGCCGAUUGACAGUUACAACCUAAACCGGAGUUUGGAGUCGCUAAACGAACCAAAUAUCCUUCUUCCUCCGGAAAAACUGUUUUCCUCAAAAUCGAUCAGUAAUUUGAGCAAACUCGACCUGUCCUUGGAUGACAACACAACUCUCCUUGGGGUCCAAUCGAUCGUCGUCAACGGCCAGCGUUACUUUCGGCCGUUGGAUGAAGACGCAAACCGAGUGCUAAAUGAGCAGUUCAAGACGUUAAAAGUGAUAAAUUCAGGGAGAUAUGGCAAUGAGUUUAACGACUUCAAUGCAGCGUUCAGCGCUUUAGGUGAGACUUUGGAUUUUUUGUUUUGAAAUGAAAUUUUUCGGUCUUAAAAUUGAAUUGUUUGUGUUUUAGCGCUUGCUGCUGAACAGAACAGACGUUCCGAGAGAUCGGAGAGAAGCCAAGGGCAGGGUGAAGCGCUGAGAGUUGACAAUGGCCUCCGAGAAAUCCCUGAGAAUCGAAUUGCAAGACUUAAACUCAACGUCUUGGAGAACAACAACAAUUACAUGCCAAAUGAGAGGAUUGGGUAUAAGGUGAGAGCACUAAGGUAUGAGAGAAAGAUCAUGUGUCAGGAUUUGUCGGAAAGAUGGCCUUCCUGUUCCUAGAAACAGAAUCGUUUUUUCCAAUAAUGACGCAAGUUCUGAACUCGAAGACUCGUUUUUCGCAUUUGUAAUGCCUUCUUCGGUUCUAGAAAGAAAUAUCCAAAGUCCAGUAACUUCUUGGAAUCCUUUCCCGACAGACCGAUACGGAAAAAAGUAUUUUUCUCUCUGGCCACUCUCCACAUUUCGCGUACUCUCUCGACAGCAAAGAUUGUUGAAUAUCGCGGCUGCCUCUGCAAAGUGCAAGCUAAAACUUUCCGGCGUAUGCCUGGUAUUCGUGCCAAAUUUGAAGAAAAUCUGAGCGUCGUGCUUGGAGUACUUCCCUUGCGAAUUUAGAGUACUUGCUCUGUAUGAAAGGCGGUAAACAAUAUUAUUUCGUAUUUUUUCCACGGUGAGCUAUACAAAAAUUCCUACCACUUGGUUUAUUAUUCAAAUAUUCGUCUAGUGGUCGUAUAAUAUUUAUACACAAAGUCCUCAAAAGGUUCGCUUUUUUUGUUCGUUUCGUCGGGAUUUCGCUACAAAUCCUUUUGAAAUACGGCUGUAACCAAGGAAAUUGGAUGUGAAAAAAACGGAGGUCCACAAGAAUGAGCAGAGUGCUGGUCAGUCGGAAACAAUAUUCACCGCUUCAACGGCAUUCCCUUCAGCGGCUUUUGAAGACUACAUAUAAUAAGUCGAAAACGAAGGGUUGACUAGGCUUAGGGGAUUAAUAAAGAAAGUUUAACUUAUUGUCACAGUUGAGAGAUGUUUUAUACUAGUCGCGCCAUAAAGUCCAUGGAAUUGUUUUCGCCGACAUCGCGGAUUCGAUCGCCGAAAAGUGCAUGUCGCUAGUGCCAAAACGGGAAGUCGCAGCGGCAAAGGCGGAAAAAUGCACUGCGCAAAUUGCACGGACUUCAUGGCGCGACUAGUAGUUCAGAGGGGAACUACAACAAACAGCUGUUGAGAAUAAAUACGGCAACUUCCGCUGCCAGACCAAUUAUCAGUUAGAUUUUACUAGUCAUCAUUGAGACCAGUUAUCAUUUAGAGCUAGUUACCAUAGGAAAAGAAGAGAAAGCCAUCAAACCGUUCGUCGCUUUUCGUUUGGGGAAACUUCAUUUCUCUGACUGUCUGCAGUCUCUUCAAACCUGUGAUCUUAUUCCAGUCUGUCGGGAAACGUCACUUUCUAAGGUAAAAGCUUCAACAAAAGAUCGCUGAAUAUCUCCUCGAUAGAUGAAACGUGCCAACCGUUGAGUGGUGCAUGGCCUAUACAAAAAACUUGAGGUUUUGCAGGUGAAAGACUAUGGAAAAUGAUGAAAUAUAGGCGGAGUAAAACUGUUCCCUAUGUGAAUAUUGUUUCGCCAGAGCUUUUAUGGGAGAAUCCUACUCUGGUGAAACUUGUUAUUUCUUUCCGUCGAACGUGCCUUUGGCUUUAUUUUCUUCAGCACGUCCAAAUCAAAUAUUGACUCAAAUUUAACUCAAAACUCCAAUUUUUUGACUCGUUGUAACUAAAUUUACGGAUAUUUUGUUGUUGUUGUGACUUUUAUUGCAAAUUGCUAACUAUUUUUACCGCUUUUCGAUAAUUUAAUGUUAAAAGUGCUAAUAAUAAGUUGUUGUUGUUGCAGUUCCCUCCACAUGAGACUCCCUCACAUGACAGUGGAAUUGUAAUGGACAAUGACUUGCCAUGGGCACGGGGCAAUCCCCAGCCCCGAAAUGGAAAGAGAGGUACCGCGGGAUGGAGUCAGAAUCAACGAAUCGGAUACGGGAGCUCAUUCCUUGGGGAUUCGUAUGGAUCCGUCAGAGUAAGUUUGUUUGUUUUUACUACGGUAACUGUAUACAUAGGCUGUCAAUUCCUUUCUCUCUAAACAAAAUUUUGUUACUGUAUGUACUAUUUUAUGUUUUAUAGCCGUCGUUGUAUUAUAACCGUCCCUUGACGCCCAUUUAUCGUCCAUACUCUUUAUAUGUAAGUAGAGUGAGAGUGAUGGCUUGAGUAGUUAGUUUAUCUGUCAGCCGGAAAAAAUACUACAAAAAGUCCUGACAAUUUUUGCAUUGAGUUAUUAGGCGGUUCUGGCGCACUUUGAAAAAAUGAUUGUCGUUGAUUAUCAGGACUUUUUCACUCGUUGCCCGAUUAAAAUGUUGCGGCCAGGUUUUUUGCGGUGCACUGAGACAUGCCAUCAGUUUUUGGCCCACUUAUCAGUGUGUCAGGAACAUAAUGAUCGCAAUGUUGCUGCACCGAUCUUUGCGUUGAACAGGAAAGCUGCUCAUUUCGAAAAAUAGUUGGAUGAAUUUUUUGCCAGUGGCUCUCAGUUUUUUAAAUCCUUAAAAUCAGACUCCCAAGUUUUUUCGAAUUUUGCCUGAAGGCAAAGUUAAGAACAAAAACCAUCUAAAAAGACUCACAGUUUUGAAAUAGAAAACCCUAGAAGUUUCUCCUCUUUUCGUCCCAUCCACAAACUAGAAUUCAUACUUCCAGCAUACGGUAUAACAAUUGCUCAACAUUGUCACCCAAAAAGCCUUAUAACGGCCUCAAAGAAAAGCCUUAUUAUUCUGUCUUGGACACAUGUAUGCCAAGGUUUCUCACGUUCAUGUGAUUGAAAGCACCACACGAAGCCCUGCGGCUAUGUUUUUCACACUGUUAAUGCGAUUGGUUUCGUUGAAGGGAUUCUUAUUUGGGGCAUAGGGGUCUUAUGUUAGCCAAUGUUUUCUUCUGGAAAUACGGCCAUUUUUUGCGGAAAAUUUUCUCGCGGCAGUUUGUUUUUGAGUUGUUUGUUGGUGUAGUGGAGGGUUGUCUUGUAUUAUGGUUAUUUUUGGCAGUUGCAAGGCAAAAGCCAAGUAGACUUUUUGGUUAAAAAAGGAGAAAAUUUCGAUUUUUUUUGGCGAUCAUUUUUAGCUUAUGCUUUCCAAAAAACCGGCAUUUUCUGGCCAAAAAAUAAAUAAUAAGUUAACUUUCAGUUCAAUUGAAAAAAUUGGGUUUUUGAAAAUGAUUUGAGCGUGAUGGAAAUUUGUCUAGAUGUUUUAUAAAAUUUAUAAAACUUUUUAGGGCCGGCUGGGCCGACCUUUCAAGAUUUUAAUGGCUUGAUCUCGGACCGGCCCGGUUUGAAGUCAGCAUAACCAGAGUUUGGAAAAUUAGGAAAGCCGGCAACAGAAAAAAUAGUGAUUUCAGUCUGUCGGGAAAAUAAUGAGCACACCGUCGCUGCGCCAAUUGAAGUGAAGAAGAUUUGAUUUUCCUGCGGCACAAUUCGUUUUCUCGGCGGCGAUGCGAUUUUUGAUGUGACAGAGUGCUCAUUAUUUUCCCGACAGACUGAUAUCUGCUCUUUUGUUUAGGCUACAGCCUUCCUUUCUGAAAAAAAAACAAUCAAAAAAUAUCAAUUAUAUAUAUGCAACAUCUAAAUUUAUGCCAAAUUACAUCAAAUUCUACGUCUUUUUUGCAACACAACAUUUAUUCUCGUAUUUUAAAAUUCAAAAAAAAAAAUUUCCAGGAUGACUUUGCUAUGCAAACCUCCGCUCCACCUCCAAUAGACUCCAAUUUCAACACAACAAAUCGCUCGCUGGGUGCUACAAUUCUAAGCGAUCCGCUGGUGAAUCGGCCCGCUUAUUACGACCCAAUCGAGGAGUCGAAGCGUUGGGAAAAGGAGCAACAUCGCUUGGACUUGUUGCAUCAAAUUCAAGAGAACGAACAAAGGAAAAGAUUGGAGAAGCAAAAGGAGUGGGAGGAAGACGAACGCGAGAGAUUACGGUGAGAAAAGAGGAGGGUAAAAUACGGGGUUUUAUGUUACAAAUCCUACUUUUUUGUAGAAAAAAGAGUUUCUUUACACUUUGCAAAUUUACCGGGUUAUUCAAAGAGGUAAAUGUUGGGAUUUUUCGGUGUAUUUUUUGAGAUUUUUUCUGAUUUUUUUCGAAAAAAAAAAUUUUUUUAAAUUAAUUUUUAAAACACGAUUUUUGAGUCACUGAAUCAGCCGCCAGUUAGGCCUGGACAUAGGAAAAAAUCGAUUUUGAGUUUUUGAUUUUAAAAUGACUGUAGGCAUCCUAUAAACAUAAUGCUGAAAUAUUUUUGCCCAAUUCCUUCUUUAACCUACUGUAAUUUACAAUUUAAUGAUUUUACAGUAAUCGACCAUUACAAGAAAACUACAGAUUAGAAAUGGCUGAAAUUGGUAAUACUUAUGUUUUAGGCCAUGCCCAUCAUAACAGACACAUAAUUUUGGCAGUCGGGUUACUGUAACAUACCGCAAUAUAGGUUCGGCCGCACAAAAUCGGCCAUAAAAAAUUUGUUUCUGAAAACCCGCAGCUGAUUUUUACAUAUGUUAAUCAGCGUAAAAUUCUGCCCUAGAAACAUUAAAAAAAAGUGUAAAAAGCCAUGAUCCGUUUUUCGUGGUAUAGUGGAUUUUGGCCAAAUUUAGUAAUCCAAGGGUCGCGAGUUCGAUCCCCGUGGAACCAAAAUCCGUAAUACUGCCCAAAAUCAUAAAAAGUCAAUUGGGCUGAAUUGUAUAGCAUGCAUGGGAAGUAUGAAAACCUUUAUAAAAAGUGAUUCGCAUUUUUGAAAGCAUUUUUUGAAGAUGACAUCAGAAUUUUGUUUUUCGUGGAUUACGGUGCAAAUUGAGUUUAGGAAAGUUGGUAAAAAUUACUGUAUAGAGGUUUUCAAGCCUUCUAAAUUCAAUGGGACAAAUUUUUCGGACCUAGGAUUACUGUAACAUAGACAAAACGGAUUUCGGCCGCUAAAAAUCGGCCGUAAAAACGUUGAUUUCAAAGAAAACUCCGUUAAUUAUACGAUUUUUGGAAUCAGCGUAAAAUUCCACACUAUAUCAACUCAAAACACAGUCGUGCUGUCAAAUACUUUUUUCUCUUUGGUGAAUUAUUUUCAUAUUUGAAAAUUGUAAAUAAAACCGCAUUAGCAAUGGAAUUAGACAAAAAUAUUUUAAAGCUACAUUUUAUUGGUGGUUGUACAUACUUGUAGCCAAGAAACUUUGGAUUUUAUUUUUCGAUUUCCGCGGAUGACUUCACUCACCCCAAAAUUUGUGAUUUUACGGCAAAAAAUUCUGUAAAAUUCAAGCGGUCAACUAAGGUACAGUAUGUAAUGAUUCUAGAGCCAAAUUUCACGCUGAUUCCAAAAAUCGUAGUAUUAAUGGCGUUUUCUUUGAAAUCAACGCUUUUACGGCCGAUUUUUAGCGGCCGAAAUCCGUUUUGUCUAUGUUAUAGUAAUCCUAGGUCCGAAAAAUUUAUCCCAUUGAAUUUAGAAGGCUUGAAAACCUCUAUACAGUAAUUUUUACCAACUUUCCUAAACUCAAUUUGCACCGUAAUCCACGAAAAACAAAAUUCUGAUGUCAUCUUCAAAAAAUGCUUUCAAAAAUGCGAAUCACUUUUUAUAAAGGUUUUCAUACUUCCCAUGCAUGCUAUACAAUUCAGCCCAAUUGAUUUUUUAUGAUUUUGGGCAGUAUUACGGAUUUUGGUUCCACGGGGAUCGAACUCGCGACCCUUGGAUUACUAAAUUUGGCCUAAAUCCACUAUACCACGAAAAACGGAUCAUGGCUUUUUACACUUUUUUUUAAUGUUUCUAGGGCAGAAUUUUACGCUGAUUAACAUAUGUAAAAAUCAGCUGCGGGUUUUCAGAAACAAAUUUUUUAUGGCUGAUUUUGUGCGGCUGAACCUAUAUUGCGGUAUGUUACAGUAACCCGACUGCCAAAAUUAUGUGUCUGUUAUGAUGGGCAUGGCCUAAAACAUAAGUAUUACCAAUUUCAGCCAUUUCUAAUCUGUAGUUUUCUUGUAAUGGUCGAUUACUGUAAAAUCAUUAAAUUGUAAAUUACAGUAGGUUAAAGAAGGAAUUGGGCAAAAUAUUUCAGCAUUAUGUUUAUAGGAUGCCUACAGUCAUUUUAAAAUCAAAAACUCAAAAUCGAUUUUUUCCUAUGUCCAUGGCUGAUCCAGUGACUCAGAAAUCGUGUUUUAAUUAAUUGGACAUAGGCCGGAUACCAAUUCCUGAAAAUUUUAACCCGCGCUUUCCAUGGAGAGCCAAGAUAUUCAACGAUUUUUGCGGCCAAGAGACCACGCAAGACGUUGAGAGUGUCCAGAAGUAAAACGCUUUUUCGGUCGCAACCUUCCCAAGUCGAUUUUUGUGUGAAAAGUAAAAAAAGCGGACGUUGCGUAGUGCAAAAAAAAAACUAAAACUCCAAAAUUCACUGUGGGAAAUGGUGUUUUCGGAGGAAAGCGCACUGUGCAAAUUAUCAAGAAUUUUUGUCCCGAAAGCAGCAAAAAAAUGCUGAAUUUUUGGCAUAACUUGUGAUCUCAAAAUAUCACUGGUUUCUGUAGAGCGCGAGUUGGAAAUGUAACAUAUUUUUCGCAAAAGUUUAAUUUGACUUUGCGCCGAAUUUCAUCAACAUAAAUAUAUCAGUCUCUCGGGAAAAUAAUGAGCACUCUGUCGCAUCAAAAAUUGCAUUGUCGCUGAAAAAAAUUAAUCGUGUCGCGGCAAAAGAAAAUUGCUUUUCACUUCAGCGACGCGAUCGGCACAGCGACAUUUGCUCAUUAUUUUCCCGACAGACUGAUCUGAGUGUCGCAAUUUGAACACUUUCUUUUUUUAUAGCGAUUUUUUUUGCCACUCUAUAAAGAGAAGAAAAAAAUGGGCGUAUUUUACCUUCUAACCCUCGCAAAAUUCCAGUGCCGAGCGCACCGUUCAACGGCAACGCGCGGAAAUGGAGCGGGAACAAGAGGAAGUGAAGCAUCGGCAAGCCAUGGCCGAACUCAAAGCCCAACGCGCCGCGUUGGAGGCCGAAAAUCAGCGGAUGGCACGGCGUGGUCGGUCGCCGGUGCCGUCCGAGAAUCGCCAGAACUUUCGCAAACAUUCCACACAUGAGGCGGUAGGCACGCCCGCACCUCAACUGGAGUGGUGGGAGCGGAAGAAAACGUGGGAAGAGCGGCAGAAGGAGACGCAGUCGCCGGUCAUACCGGCCCUGCGGAACCGCACCAACGAGCCGAACCGUGGGCUCAGCCGCAGCAAUAGUAAGAGUGGAGAGAGUGCGACUCCGCUGAACAUUGACAGCACUUCGGAGAGUGGAAGGUCCAGGGUGAGGAGCAAUCGAAGACUCAGCAGGGGAAGUCAAGCCGCGUCGAUUGACAGUUCUGUUUCGAGAAGGUCGAAUAGCACUGAGGUAGGUGCUGCUUUUUUAUGCUAUCUUGUCGGGAAAAUAAUGAAAUAAUGAACACAAUGUCGCUGCGCCGGUUGUGUCACUGAAACGAAAAAUAAUCGUGCAGGAAAAUCAAAUUGCUUUUCACUUCAGCUACUCGAUUUUCGGAGGGUGCUCAUUACUUUCCCGACACGCUGGUAGUCCAAAAAAGUCGACGGAGUGAUUUCUACGACAUGCACUGUGCGAAAACAAAACUUCACUUUGCACUGUGCAAUUUUUUCUUUUUUGCACCGUGCAAAUGGCUUUUUUGAGCUGUCGCUCGCACCCUGUCCUUUUUACACAGUGCAAGCUCUAAAAAUCAGUCCGCGACUUUCCGGAAGGACUAGUAAGACAGUGAAAAAUCUUUACAACUAACUUCCAUGCAACAAAGCCUGUUUAUAACGAAUAAGUUUGGAGGUUACAAGUGGUUGCUUUGGACUUAACUUAGACUUUGUAAAACGACGACUUUCUAUAACGAAUGAUCUUCUUGCUCCCUGGCGAUUCAUUGUGCAGGGGCUUGACUGCACUUGUGCAUGCAGUUGAGCCUCCGUACAACGAAUCUACAGGUAUCUGAAAAUUUGGCUUGCUAUAGAAAGGGUUCGUUUGAUAAAAGUUAAUUUUGGUCUAAUUAAGACCAGAGAUUGCCACGGUCAAAAUUGUGGCUCCGGCUCCGGCUCUUAGCUCCCAGAGCCGGAGCCGAGGCCAAAUUUGCAGCUCCGGCUCCGGCUCCCGGCUCCCAUGAAAAGCUUAAAAAGGUUUGCGGCUCCGAAUCCGAGCCGGCUCUCCGGAGCCAAGAGCCGGCUCCGGAGCCGUGGCAAUCUCUGAUUAAGACUGACCUCACAAAGCCUCAACAACUUUUAUAUCUCUUUAUUUUCCAGGUCUAUCUCACCUCACAUUCGGCCAGUCGAAUGGGCGAUCGUCGGCCAAGCCAGGGCUCCAGAACGCCGGUCUCUCGCGCCAGCCGUCAUAGUUAUACUCCAUCGGUUGCGGAACGCCCACGAAUCCACACCUCCUUCUCGCAAACUUCGGCGAUGAAAGCAUUGGAUUCGACGCAGAAACGGUUGGACGACGAGCUCAGAGCGCUGCGAAAUCGACAAUUCUCAACUGAACAUUAA